UUCGAUUUAUUUCGAUGACAGCAUUCGUUGUUGGUUUUGGCAGUUAUUUCGAUAACAGAUUGGUUUGAAGAUAACAAGAUACAGGUGUAGAGAUAUAGAUUUGUCCAUUGAAAUGUCUAUCUGAAAACAGGUCAGCUGUGAAAGUGACAAUAUGACAGACUUCAAUAGCUCCUUCUUGGCCCACCUUAAGAAAUCAGAGCAGGAAAGAAAUAAAGAAUUCAUGAAAAUACGUGCAUUUAAGAAUAAACCGUAUACUUAUGCCGUUGAUAAACUCUUGAGAAAGUAUAAACGGAAGAUCUGGAGAAACAAACCUCAUCGGAAAAAAGUGUACAAAACAGUUAAAGGUGACCUUCUAAAGAUCAAAAGUAGAAGCAGAUACUCAUGGCCAACUUUGAAUGAUCGCAAAAGUGGUUUAAGUAAGAGCCAUUCAUUUGACUCUGCAGUCUUGCCAGAUCUGGGCGAGUGUAAAGACUUUCCAAUGUCAGAAAUUGGAACUCGUAAUAAUGGGAACAGUCCAUUUAAUAGUAGUACCAGUUGUAGUUCACCUCCAGAUUCACAGCUGUUCACCAAGGUUGAAACAAGUGGAAAGAAUGACAAAAUUCAAUGUCAGAAAUGUAGACUGGGUAACUCUGAACAAAACAAUAACACUAACGUUAGAUGUACAUGUGUCAAUAGAGGUGUACAAGAUAGCUGUGACAUUGUAAUGAAAACUGAAGGAGAAACUAGUGAAGACAGUUCCGAUUCAGAAAAUGAAGAGGUUUCAGAGAAAAGUGCAGGGUCAAAAGUUCAUGAAACUGUUAGUUGUAGGACAACCGAAAACAAUGACAAUGAUAAAUGUAUGAAUUCAGAAGGUUAUACUAGUGAAAACUGUUCAGAACUCGAUACUGCCGGUGAAACUUACAUUGAUGUAGAAAGUCUGGACGAUAGCAGUGAGAUAAAGUCAACUGAAAUUGCGAGAUCAUCUUUAAAUAAAGUAACAGAAGUAUUUGAAAACGGAAUUGUGAAUGAAAAAGUGCAAUAUGUUGGGUCCAAUGUCAAACAUUCUCAGCCAUCAAAACAAAUCGCCCAAGUCAAAUGGCAGCAACAAUUCAUGUCAUUCAUUUCAUCAGGAACAACACCAAAUGUACAAAAUAAUGAGCAGGACUCAAAAUCUCCCCGACGAAAACGAUCUCGGAAAGUAAGACAGAGUAUGUGUUCUUGUUGUAUGGGAUCAGGACAUCAUAAAAGAAAACCAGAAGACUUAGUGAGAUAUCGUAAACCACAUUCCAUGAUGAGAGAUCAUAGGCGAUUUAUUCGUGAUAUGACUCAGCUCAUCUUGUUACGAAACAAAGUGAUGGAAGUGUGUAGGCUUUUGUUCCCACAAUGUGUUCAUGAAAUAUUUAAUUACGCCAGUCCUGAUAGUGAAGAUGUGGACAAGUGUAUUGAUCAAAUGAUUUCUAUUCUUCACAAUGCACACCAGCAAUUUUUACACAAUUUUAACAGUAAAUCUGAGAUCAGCAGGAGUGGUAAAAGUAAUAAAAAAUUCAAAUCGGAAAGAAAAGGGAAUCUCAAAUACGAUCAGAUCAAUUCAAAUGAAUAUGUUGUAUCAAUUUGUGAUCCCUCCAAACCAAAAUUGGACUCUGAAAAACAAGGUCCUCAGAACUCAAUGAACAAUCCCCCCUUAGAUGAUGAAGCACCACCUAUAUUAUAUUGUUCUCAGUCAGACCAAUUAGAUGAAUCUGGUGAACCUGAAUUAUUCUCAAAGUUGUGCCUUCCUGAGGGUGGUGAUGAAGGUAUUGUUUAUGCUAUUCCUGUAGAGAACGGCAUAGUUUAUCCUGAUCAGACUCAAGUUCUUCUCACUGGAGGUAUGUCAGAAAAUGUAAGUUAUGUCAAUGGCGAUCUAUUUCAGAACCGAAAUAAAGACGAUAUUGAAAAAGGCGAAAGUCAUGAGAGAAUUUUGUCUGAGGCUGAUUCGGGAAUUGUGAAUGACCAUGACGUUAGUUCCCCUGAGAAUGUCGAAAAAAGUAGCAUAAAUUACCAGAAGAAGAAUAUUAUAUCGAAAGACAUUAUUUCGAAAUCAAAAACUAGUCCAAAUAGUGCUAAAACUGAACAAACUGCUAAUAUAUUUGAUUUAUUUGCUAAUUAUGAAUCAACUCCUAAGUCUCCUUCAAAAGUUGAAGAAAAGUCAGAAAUACAAUGCAAUGUGUCGAAUUCUAGUCAUGAAGAUAAAAAAAGUGAGCACAAAACAAAUGCUAAAUCAAGCGACCGCAAUAUUUUUGAAAGCUUAUUUGGUAUGAAUAUAGAAUCGUCAGUUCCACCAACACAUUGUGAACAAAAAGACAUUUCUUUUGAUGAAUCAUGUGACCAAGAAAUUCAAAGUUUUUAUCUCCCUUUGAAUAACUCUGACAAUAUUGGCAGCAACUCUCCAACUCAAGAUGACAAACCAAAAGAAACUUAUGUGGAAGUCUAUGAUCCUGCCAUCGUUUUGUGUAAGAAACCAAAGAUUUGUUUACGAGCAUUUAAAGAGAAAAUCUGUCUUUUACUAAGAUGGCUCUUACCAGAAAUAACAUUUGAAAGGAACUUUUUCAAGAAUCCAGACAAUCUGGUUUAUGUCCUUGAUGCAGUCAUUCUUAGUAAUCAGAAAGAUUCAUUGACUUCAUGAUAUUUUUUACUAAAUAUAUAUUAACAAUGAUGUUAUAUGAUCAGCUAUUUUUAUAUUAAUAUUUUGUAUGCUUCAAUUUAUUGUUUACAUUAUUGAAAAUUCAGGUAUUGAAAUAGUAGCUAUAUAUGUUUCUGUAUUUGUUAAGGGCUGUUCAAGAAAUUAUUUGUUGGGGAGGCCACAGGGUAUCAAAAGACAUGCCAAUAAAGGUAUUUUUUUAAAGAAAAAUAAUUGGUAAAAUUACAGGAUUAACCAAUUGAAUACUAUGCACGGGGAAAGGGACAAUAAGGGAUUUUCUUUUUACUGUCCCCUAUUUCCCCUUCCACCCCUUCUAAUUCUAGAACAGCCCUUAGUUUAUCUAACUCAUAUUCUCAGUACAUUUCAUUUUGUAAUAAGCUUUUCAUUGUUCAGUCAAGAAGAAAUUUACCCAGUGAUACAACAUACUUACCUAAUAAGCUGACUAUGACUCAGGAGUAAAUUAAUUAUCUAUGAUUUUACUUAUGUCCAAGAAUAAACCGUUUAAGACUAUUAACAUCAAGUCAGUUAUUUGCCAAUAUUUUUGUUUAUUGAGUACAUGUACAUUUUUUAGUGCAGACAUGUUGGAUCAAUCUAAAUGUAAAAAGGAAAGUUGAAAAAGGAAUCUUUCUUAAUCUGAUUUUUAAAUAUAAUGUUGGGCAUCUGAAAUUUGCAUGUUAUUUUUUGAAUACCUUGAAAUAAAUUAACACACUUAUUGAAGAAACAGUUAAGUCUUUUAACUCCUGGUUGUCUGUUGUAAUAUUGUUAUCUUAAAGUUGAAAAUUUGAAUGCAGUUUUUUAUUUAUUUUUGAUUAACUAUGUUACAUGUACAAAGGGUUAUUACUUGUUAUUUACAUCAAUUGUUACUUUGUAAAUAGUGGUGUACAUAGUUUUGACAGUUGGUUUAUACCAUGGACUUUCUUAGUAAACACAUGUGAUAAUUCACUGUUGUUGUGGGUUGGUAGUUCUUGUCUUUGUUUUUUUUUUCUCUAUAAAAAAUUCUAGAUUUUCUGUUCAAAGGGAAAUAACUAUUUUUUUAUAAGAUUUGUAUAAGAGAGUAUUUUAAAAUAAAUGACAUUUUGGAUUUUUUUCCUUUUUUUUAAAAGAAUUUAGUGGUAGAUUUUUUUGUUAUUUUGUGAAGUUAACACCAUGCAAGUUAUCAUCAAAUUAGAAUUUCGUUCCAUUACAAUGAAUUUUUAACCGGAAGUGGACUUUUGCCUUGCAAUAUUCACAGAAUGCUUGUUUUAGUUAUAGCUUUAAGUUUAAAACAAGUGUUUAAUUUCUCAGAAACUACACAUAUAAACAAUGUUAACAUUCUACAACAGUUACAAGAAAUGGAAAGCUAUUAUUUCCCUACUUUAAAAUUAUUUAAAAGAAAUUAGUUAAAAGAGUUGACUUUGACUCCCAUGUAAGUUAUUUUUUCACCAAAACUUUUGGAAUUAUAUUUGACCAAGUGUUUGAAACUAAGAAUUGUCAACUAAAAAAAUGUAAGUCUAUGAUUAAAAGUACAAAUAUAUAAAAAAAAUCUUUCGUUCAUGGUGAAAACCGUUAUAAAAUAUUCAUGAACAAACAGCCCAGAAGUUUUUUUGUACAUAAAAUAGUAUAUUUUCUAUAAUAUCAAUGUCGGAAUAACAAUAAAUUUGGGUCAAUUUCAUCAUUUAGUUAUGAUUCUCAAGUUGAUUUAGCAUUAGAUUUGUUCAAUUAAAGCAAUAUAUGAAAAGUUCUGUUAGUAGGAAAAUAACUUUGACAAGAGUUACAAUUUUAAAAACCUAUUUUAAAGUGUUAUUAUGUUUUGUAAAUUGUACUGUAUAGAAUUAAGUCGUAAUGAAUUUACCAUACAUUUUAUUUUUGGUAGAUUUUCUCAGUAUUUUUUGUAUUAGACAAUGAACUGAAUCAAGUGAUUUUAAUUUGAUGAGUAUUAUGUACAUUUUCUUCAAUUAUACUUUUGAUGGAAAUAAACUCAGUUGAUACAAAUGUGAUGAGAAUGCAAAUAAAUUGUUUCUUGUCGAGUAGGAAGUAAGAUCCUUGAUUGUAAAACAGUGUAUAUUUAUUUAAUAUUGCAAUAUCAUACAUGAAAUUAUGGUUGAAUAUUCUCUUGAACUGAGGUGAACCACUCUUAAAGGCUGUUUGAAUAUAUACAUGUAGUAAAAUAAUGAAAUGCUAUAUUUCAACAGCGAGAACAAACACAAAAAUGGGAUAGCAGACAUCAUGUAGUUGUAAUUAUUUAUUAUCAGAAUUAGUUUCAUUUAGUAUUACAUUAUUUGCUAUAUAGACUUGAUAUUUUUACACCAGGGGCUAUUUUUAAGGGGAAAAUGAUUAGUAAACUAGGUUGUAUUGAUGCUUACAUGUAUGUUACUGUUUGAAAAGGGAAAAUCUAAUUGGUAUUUCUGUUUGAAAAAAAAAUUCUAAGGAAUUUGAUAAUGAAAGUAUUUGUAAGAAUAAAAUAUUUUUAACAAAAUACACUUUUAAAUUUACAUUCAGUCUUAUAAUGAUAGAUUUAAUCAGUUUCCUAAAGAACAAUAGUUUUCAACAGGCAGUCUUUGUUAUUUUAUACAUAGAAUUUCAGGUUGUCUACCCUUAAUUUACUCUUGUUUUUGAAGAUGCACAUUGUAUUUGCAUUAAAAGCAUUACUUUCUAUAUGAGUAUUGAAAGAAUUGAAACAGUGAUUAUAAUUUUUACAAAAAAAAACACGUUGAAAGAAAAUUAUGUACUAAAGACUGACCACUUUGUAUCAACAUUAAGUGUGAAGAAAGUUAAACGAUUUUUGUUCUUGCUUGCUACAUGUAGAUAAUAAUCUAAGACAAACAGAUAAACUGUUGGAUGUUAUUAUUUUCAUAAGUUUUCUUUUUCAAUUGUUAAAUCAAAAGCAGUAUUAUAAAUUUUAGAUCAAUAGCACCUUAAAAAAAUUCAAAGGCAGACUUGUCAUUUGAUGAUGUAAUAUAUCAAAAAGAAAGUAAGAAAUGAGCAUUGGAAUUCAUUUAUAUUUUUGCUUAAAUAAAACAAAUCACAUUAAUUUCUUUCGUUACUGGUCCAAGGACACAGUUAUCGUCCUUUGGUUUUCGUUGUCUACGAAUAUAGUCCCUAGUGUAAACAGUGUAUAACUUGCAUGUUUUAUUUAAUACACUUUCCCAAUUUAUUUCUUUAUAUUAAAUGCAUGAAAUAUUAAGUAGGGAGAUGUUAUUACAUGUCAAAAAAAUUUGGGUGCUGAAACUUUAUGUUAAGUAGUGAAUUGGUCCAGUUCUAAAAGGUCAAAUUUUAUCACGUCUGAAGCUGUCAAACUGAAUUUUACACCCCCUUAACACCGAAUUGUCAAUAUUUUGAGUUAGAGCUGGGAGAAGUUUCUAUAAUUUUGAUAUUAUUUGUCUCACUGGUAGUACACUACACUGUAAAAAUAUUUUUGAGAAAGACCAGGUGCGAUUUUUUUAAUUUGAAUUUAUUGUCUAAAAGAAAUGCACUACGAAAUAACUGUGUUCUCGGGCCUACUGUUGUAAAAAAAUCAUGACAGAUUCAAAACAGCAAGUAAAGUUUACAUAACUUGUCUACACACUAAAAGUUUAAGUUGACAAAAUCAGCAAGAUAACUGGUAAUUAUCAUGUUUAAAUUUAUGUAAAUUUGAAUUAAAUUUGAUUAUUUACAUUUGUACAUACCUACCAUCUGUACAGUAUUUAAUGUUCAUACAGAUUUUGUAUUUAUUAUUUCAUCAUACACUGCUUCAAACCAAAAAUAAAAAUUGUUUUCAUGC